AUGGACUAUUAUGAGGAAGAAGAUGAGUUUAUCAAUGCUUGGGAUACUAUGCUAUCUGAGUAUCAUGUUUGUGAGAAUACUUGGUUGCGUAACAUGUUUGAAUUGAGGAGAAAAUGGGCAAAGGCAUAUCUCAAUUGUGAAUGGAUGCUUCAUGAUAAGCGAUACAAGGAGUUACAGGCUGAAUAUGCAUUAUGCCAUAAGAUGCCCAAGAUUAAAAUGGACUUAAAGAUCCUAAUGCAUGCAGGUAAUGUUUAUACCAAUGCCAUUUUUGAGGAGUUUCAAAACCAAUAUGUAAAGGCAAUGGAGGCCGAUAUAAAAGGCUGCAGGGAGGAAGGUGGAAUUUUUAUCUAUACAAUUGUUGAUCAUCAAUCUAGAGAUCGUCAAGUCAAAAGGAGCUUAGAUGACUUCUUAUCAUGUAGUUGUGGAAUGUUUGAGAUGAUGGGUGUUUUAUGUAGUCAUGUUAUAAAGAUUCUUAGAGAAGUCAUGCAUGUUAAAGAAAUACCAAGGGCAUAUAUCUUAAAGAGGUGGACUAGAGAUGUAAAAGUUAGAUUUGUGCAAGAUAAUCAUGGGCGCAAUAUUAAAGCGGAUGUCAAGUUAGAAGUAACAUCUCGGUAUAAGAACUUAUGCCAUUUAUUUACCAAGAUAUCAUCUAUGGCAGCAGAAAAUGAUGAAUCGUAUACAGCGGCUCUCCACCAUAUAGAUGAAUUGAGCAAAGUUAUUGAUAACAUUUGGAAGCUAAAAAUAUAUGGCGAAAAUGAAAAUGGUUAUCCAGAUUACUUUUCCAUUGCCUGUGAUACAAAUGAAAAUGAACAUGUCUUGGAUGUGCCCAAAGAUAUACAUGCCAAGGGCUUAAAGAGAAGAGAGUCCUCUAAAGGAAGACGAAGACUUAAAUCAUUUCUUGAGAAGCCAUGA